AUGUGUUGCCACAAUGAAUAUCGCCAUAUCAAUUUAUUUCAGGCAGAUAUUUUAGCCAGGAUUCGCCAUCCCAAUAUCAUUCAGUUUUUUGGCGUUUCGGAAGGUGAUCUUGGCUUCAUUAUUGUUACAGAACUAGCCGAAGGCGGAUCACUUUACAGCUAUCUUCACAAUCCGGAGAAUCCUAAGAUCGAUUUCAAACAAACUAUUACCUGGGCCUUGGAGAUAGCGCGUGGAGUUAGGUAUUUGCACUAUGAGGCUCCUGUAACAAUAAUUCAUCGCGACUUAAAAUCGGGAAACAUUGUCCUGAGUGGUGAAGGAGUUUGUAAACUAUGUGAUUUUGGGUUAUCAAAAAUUCUUACUCAUUCGUGCACACCAUCAUCUUUCGUUGGUACGGUCCCUUGGAUGAGUCCAGAAUUGAUAACGCAAGAGAACAAAAUUAGUAAGGCAAUAGAUGUCUGGAGUUAUGCAGUCGUUUUGUGGGAAAUCAUCUCACGAGAGGUGCCCUAUAGCGGUCUAGGUCCGUUUCGUAUAAUGGAGCUAGUUACGCAGAAGGGUUCAACCCUCGCAAUACCUGCAAGCUGUCCGGCAUCUUUUGAAAGGCUGCUGAGAAAAUGUUGGAGAAUGAAUCCAGAAGAGCGAUGCAAUAUGCAUCAAAUAAUUGAUGCAUUAAAGGAUAUGCAAAGUUCCUUCAUGGUAUUCUGA